ACACACGGUGCAAACAUUUUACGACUGAUACGGGGCUUGCUCAUUGCUCCCCGGUGUCGACUUCCGUUCCGGGAAGCUACGGUUCGGGUAUAAAUAGCUCACCUGUUCUGGAGCCGGGAUGUACUCCAACGGCGUGCUCCGAGAGACCAUCGCCAUGAAGAAGUUCCUGCUGACUGCUGCUCUAUCGACGCUCUACCUGGCUGCUGCUGUUGCGAGACCCGACCGCAACGCAGAGCUCUACCAAAGCCGCGAGGAUGCGGGCGUCGGGGACCCUUCUGUCUACAGCGACGACUGCCGCAAGCGCCACGACUACUACAGGGCGAAGCACGGAGUGCCUGGACUGAAAAACGAUGACGAUCUUCGCCUCUUGGCUCAAGACUGGGCAGAUCAUCUAGCCGCACAACCAGAGGGAACACCUCUUGAACACCGUCCAGAUAACCAAUACGGCGAGAACAUCUUCUCUGCAUGGUCCUCCGACCCCAGCUACACGAUCGAUGCAAACGCUCCCGUGGAUUACUGGUACAACGAGAUCAAGGACUACGACUACGCCAAUCCGGGCUUCUCGUCAAAAACGGGACACUUCACCCAGGUCGUCUGGAAGGGCACCACAAACUUGGGAUGCGCCGUAAGCAAAGCGGCUUCCCGGAGCGCAUACUUUGUCGUCUGCAACUACAACCCCCCGGGAAACGUUGAGGGGCAAUAUGAGCAGAACGUGCCCCCAGUCUUACCCGACUGAGCGAGACAUCGAGCGGCUGGACCAGGGAACACCGUCUCGAGAUCCAACCGUUUCGCCAACGUGCUGCUGCAAGAAGUAAACAUCCACAUGACAUCGGUUGCCCCGGGCGCACGUUGCGAAGCAUGAAUCUCGACGACGAAAGCCUGUUUCCGGCUGAUCUGCACUCUCCUUAUUAAAUGCGUGUUUUAGUUUUGUGUCUGCUAAA